AUGAUGCUUCCUCAACUGUCUAGACAGAGUUCGCAGGUUGAACUUGGACAGGCGCCGUCGGGUAGUAGUAUCCCAGCUGAUACCGCUAGCGCGACCGCCGAAACUGUUACAGAUACAGGCUUGGAGCAUGCCACUGAAACCACCAUCGCAGGCGAUGGUCAGGAUGACAGCCGCGGAUCGGUGAUAGUAGCAGCCGCUGCCUCUACCGAUGAGCAAAGUGUCGCAGCAACAUCAGCGCAGGACAAGAAGAAGGGGAAGACAAAGGCAGCUGGACCGAAGCGCAAGCGCACGGUGUCGGACAGCGCUCCAGGCGAGCUUACGACGAAGAAGUUGCGAGGUUCAGAUUCGGAAGGACGCUUGGUCGACCUGAUGAAGAUUUUUCCUGAGGAGUUGUUUCGUGAGGUUUUAAGCUAUUUGGACCCAGUUGAUCUGCUACAUAUGGCACGGACGGAUAAAAAGAUGCGCGAUUUCUUGAUGUCCAAAAAUUCGAGGCUUGAAUGGAAAAAGGCGCGGGAGAAUAUUUCUGGGCUGCCCGACUGCCCGGAUGACUUGAGCGAGCCACAGUACGCGAAUUUGGUUUUUGAGAAGCAUUGCCAUUUCUGCCUACGCCAUUCGAGUAUCAUCAUCAUUUACUGGACUUCGCGGGUUAGAAUCUGCAGUCAAUGUAACGGCGGCAAAUUUCGCUCGAUAAAGGGUGGCCCACCCGCGUUGCCCAAGAGCGUUCGCCCUUAUGUACCACACUUUGUACGGUCUGUCGGUCAUGGUCCUCGGAGUCAUAAUCGGACUUACUAUAACUUUGCUGUGGAAAAAAAAUGGGUAGAGGAAUAUUCAAUGGCACCGGAUAAAGAGAGAUGGGCGCAGGAGAAGAUUGAGAUGGGCAAGAAAAUUAUAGAACAUUCUGAGGCUUGCAAAGCGUGGUAUAGCGAAUAUAAAAAGAAAAAGGAGGAAGAAGAAAAUGCGUUGGUCCAAACGCGUGUGGACAAAAUAUUAGAUCUUCUCCGAGAGAUGGGGUGGGGAAUCGAACUUGACGACAUGGGAAACCAACCAGAUGAUGAAGACGUUGUGGACAAAUUUAUAGUACCACUAUACCAAGGGUGCCAGAAAGAACUCACGGACCGCUCCACGCGGAAAUUGCUUCCCACUCUGACUACGUAUUUGAAAGUUUACAAGGAAUGGAGACUAAAACGGAUCCGCACGCAAUGUUUACAGGCACGCGCAAGAAGGCUUCACCGAAUCGUCAACUCGUACAGGCCUACCAUUGGUCCAAGCAUCAUUCCUCUGGACAUAGGAAAUAUCUACUCUCAACGAGCCGUCAUGAACCUUCUACUCAGCCCAACAGAAUGGGAACCACGCCUAGAGGAUUUACUGCCCCAAUUUCCCCAGUUCGAACUCGAAACACUACAGGAAAUCGCUCGCCAACUGGUUCAAAUGGUUCAAGCUGUCCGUGGCUCUGCACAUGGCCUUGACGUUAAUACGCUUCUCACUCUGGCUACCACGACGUUUAGUUGCGAGGCUGCCCAAUAUAGGGAACCUAGGACUCUGGACGUCAUCCGUUAUCCACGCGUUAUUUGGCAUGGAUGUGCAACCGAGCUGGUUGAGGUGCCUACUGAUGUCUCAGCGCCCGAGUCUGAGCUCUCGGUGAUUGCGGAUGCUGUAGGCAGAAUCCCCUGGAACACGAAUGGUCGUAUCAUGUACGAUGUCGACACCCACUGGAUCAUGGACCACGUCCUCACCUUAUGUGGAUUCAACCCUGACACAACUACUGCGGCCCUAAUGAAUAGGGUCUCACCAGUUAUUGAGUGUAUAUCAUGCAAUGACAUGCACAAAGGUAGGAUGGUAAUGCGCUGGGAUGCGGUGCCCGCCCAUGCUUUUCAAUGCCAUAAAGGGCAGUGGCGAGACACUAUGAGACUCACCACGCUUGGGGGUGACUUCGCGAACGUACUCAAAGGCCGACUCGAUGAAGAAUAUCACAGGAAACGAGCGUCUGACGCCUACAACUAUAUGCUCUGCACCCUCUGUCGUUUCAGGGGAACUAUUGUUCGAGUCUGUCAGCAUAUUAAAGAUAUCCACGGAGUCGCGAAACCGUCAGAGGCUGCUGGCGACUUUGUGUGCUCCCCAGACGCACCCACUCUGGCAAUCACCUACCGUGCUUGGCCCCCAAGAGAUGAAGAUGAGCCCAUACAUCCUGUACAUUAUGUGCCCACAUCUUAA